CUAGUAUAGUAGUAGCCUCUGCUCCUGAUCGCUCUAUUCGCACGCAUAUUAUCCAGGCUCCAGGGUCCAGGUUUCCAACACCCGGCCGCAAAUUACAACGCCGACAGAAAACCCGGAAGAGUUUCUCUCUCUUCUGCCUUUGUUCGACUGAGUGUAAAUUGAAGAGGAAAUGAAACUGAAGAUACUCCACCAGAGUCCAGAGAGUCAGCGACUUAUGAAAGGGGAAAACCUGGAGAUUGAUGAAAUGGAGGAGGAACCUCAGAUUCGCGUUUCGCCCGAGAUGGAGAAUUCGCCGCACCAGGAGCUCCCUCUGGUUAAUGCUUUCCACCCCAUGCUUGUUUCUGGCAAGAGGAAGAGGAAGCCGAAGGAGUUAAUCGACGACUUUGUACCGAUUAUUCGGGUGAGGAAGAAGAAUUCCUCUUCUUCUAAAUCAAAAGAUGUUACGCCGCCAGGUCAUGCAGCAGCAUUGAUGAGAAAAGUAGAUUGCACAUUUGGUCGGUCAAGCAAUGCCCAAUCAAACUCACCUACGAUGGUUCGAGCAGAGGAGGUGCAGUCGAGUCUGAGCAACGACCAGCCUAAUUUCUUGAAAUUUUUAGUCAGAUCACAUGUUGGCAGUUGUUUCUGGAUGGGUCUACCUGUGCCUUUCUGCAAGGUAUAUUUACCUAGUGAGGACACUAUGGUCAUUCUCGAAAAUGAAAAUGGUGAAGAGUUUCCGGUUAAAUAUAUCGCGAAUAAGACGGGUCUAAGUGCUGGAUGGAGGAAGUUUGUUGCUGGAAGCAAAUUGCUCGAAGGAGAUGUUCUGAUCUUCCAACUGAUUGGGCCUUGCAGAUUUAAGGUAUACAUAAUAAGGGCAAACGAUUUGACGGAGGUCGAUGGUGCUCUUAGCCUUCUAAUUUUGGAUUCUCAGACAAAGCAAAACGACGCGGAGGCAAGUAUGGAUGCGCAAAUCAAGAAGAGGAGGCACCGAAAAUCCCUACCCUUGAAAAUUGUGCACAAGAAGAAACGCAACGAAUCCUCGUUUGGGUCCCAUCCAGAAAAACAGCCCGAAGAACAUUCCGGAAACGACAGCGAUGAGGUGGCGUCAGAAGUUCUGGAGUGCACCAAAUUCAACGAAUCUUCAUUUAAUUUUAAAGAUGUCAAAACCUUCGAAGAUUUUCACAUCGUAGUGAAUGGAGUGUGCAUAGAUUCCGAAUUACCGGAACAAAUUCGUCGAAAAUACUACGAACUCUGUUCCAGCAAGAACGCGUACCUCCACGAACGUCUCCUUCCAGGCCUCUACACCAAGCUAGCAUGUGGAAUAAUCGAUCAAACAAUCAAAAUUGCCGAUUGUAUAAAAAGCUGUAACCUCACCACUCCAAGGAAGGAUUUCGAAGUGUGGGAAAAGUCGCUGAGGUCAUUCGAACUGUUGGGCCUGAACGUGGGCUUUUUGCGGGCCCGUCUAAAUCACCUACUAACUCUGGCCUUCGAUUCGGAAGAUGCAUUCGAGAUCAGACGGUACUGGGAAGUCCAGAAUGACAAAAGUCUCACCGAAGAUGAAAUUAAGAAGCUUGAAAUAAAGAUAGACGAAUUGAAGGAAGCGUGCGAAAAAUACGAUCGGGAAAUCGAGGAUUUGAAAAGGAAAGCGGAGAGCUACGAAGUGAAGUUUCUAGAAGAGGUUAAUGCACCUUGGUAAUGUUUCUUUCUCUCUUGGAUGUGUACAAUUAUAGACUGUGUUAUUUUAGUAGAUAGAGGAAAAAGAGAGACAGCAUAUAGAGCUUUUUAAAGCUAAUUAUCUGUUAGUAUUUUGUUACUGUAUGCCUUAACUUUAAUUGAACAAUCUUUUUUUUUUUUUUUUAUAAAAUCAUUUUAGCAC